AUGAAUAAACUAUUUAUAUUUGUAAGUCUUUUAUUGUUCAUAAAUUGUGAAACCAUAAGAAAAUCUGAACCUUGUACAUGUACAUAGAUGUUAACAUAAGUUGAUUGUUCAAAAAAGAAAGAUUGUAUUUGGGAUAAGUCAAAAUAUUAAUGUAUUGAUUACAAAAUAGAAAUGAAUAUAUAACAUGCUGCAUAUUGCAAUCAAUAUUUGAACAAAGAAAAUUGUAGUUCAGUUUUCUAAUGCUCUUGGGAUGAGGAUAGAUGCACUCAUUUUACAGGAUGUACAGCCUUUGUUUAUGAUACACAUUAAAAAUGUUAAGCUAUUUCACAUCGAUGUAUAUCAGAUGGAUUACAUUGUGUUGAAAUAGGUGAUUGUUAGAGCUACUUAAGUCCAAUUUCUUGUAUUAAUAAUUCAGUAGGUUAAUAUUGUUAUUGGAAUGCCUCUUAAGCUAUAUGUUAAGAUGCAGAUGAAUGUUCAAAGUUACCAUAAAUAUUAGACUCUGAUUCUUAAUGUCGAGCUCAAAUUUCUAAAUGUACAGCUUAGAUUGGAGGAGGAUGUGUUGAAGAAGGAAAUAAUUGUUAUGAUUAAGAUGAUUAAAUAAACUGUGUCUAUAAUAAAAAAAAUAACCAAAUUUGUUUUUGGUUAGAUGGAAAAUGUUUAGAUAAAAUAUGCAAAAAUGCUCCAUAGACUUUUACAACUGAUAAAGAAUGUCAAGAUUUCCAUCCAUCUUGUACUACAAAAUAAGAAGGUGGAUGCAUUGAUAGAUUAUUAUGUUCAACUUAUUAAAUAAAGGAAGCUUGUAAAAAAGAUGCUAUUGGUAAUGAUUGUUAUUGGACAGGAAAAUAAUGUGUUGACAAAAUAUGUGAGAAUGCUUUGAAUACUUAUAAAACAAAUGAAAUAUGUUAAGAAUACUUGGAUACUUGUAUAACAAAUGGAAAAGGUUGUGUAUUGAAUUCAAAUUGUGGAGCAGCCAUAAUUAAAGAAGCAUGCAAUAAAACUAUGUAUGGUGCACUAUGUCAUUGGAAUGGAAAUGCUUGUGUACCCAAGACAUGUAAAAAUGCAGGUCCUUCAUAUAUCGGACAUGAUUAAUGUACAUAAUAUAUGGAUACAUGUACUGAGUCCACAGAUGAAAUUACAGGAUGCACAGAAAGAACUUGUGAUAAUGCUCCAUCGUCAUUUAAUACUUAUACAUAAUGUAUGAAUUAUAUAUAAAAUGGAAAUUGUAUACCUUAAUUUGGAGGUGGUUGUAGAAUUAAUACAAAAUGUGAGGAUAAUAUGUUAAAGGAAAGUUGUGUAAGGGAUGUUAAUAAUUAAGAAUGUUUUUGGUGGAAUGGCAAAUGUGAAUUGAAAAUAUGUGAAAAUGCUCCAUUAGAAUUCAAUACACAUGAAUUAUGUAAUGAAUUUAUGAAUACUUGUACUAUAGGAUCUGAUCAAAGAUGUGUAUCUCUGACUUGUGAAAAUAUCUAAGAAAAAUCUAAUUGUAAAUUUGAUUUGAAUAAUAAAACAUGCAUUUUUAAUGAGGGUUGUUUUAAAAAAUAUUGUGCUUUGGCUCCAAAGUAUUUACAAAAAUUUAAUGAUUGCCAAACUUACUUAUCAUCAUGUACAGUAGAUAAUUCUGGGUAUGGUUGUAUGGAAUUACCAAUUAUAUGCGAAGCUAUAACAAGAAGUGAAGGAUGUUAUUUAACUGCUGGAAGAAAAGAAUGUGGUUGGUAUAAAGGAUUAUGUAUAGAAAAAUCUUGUUAAACAGCUCCAUAAACAUUAUAUUCAACAUUUGAAUGUAGUCAUUAUAUGGUUGGAUGUGUAGUUAAUAAUGAUCUUGCAGGAUGUAUGAAACCACCAAAUUAAUGUGAUUAAAGAUAGCAUUAAUAAAAUUGUCUAUAUGAAUAAUUUGAAGGACUUUAACCAAGAUGUUUUUGGAGUUAACCCUCAUAUUUUUAUGGGGUAUGUAGUGAUAUAACAUGUGAGAAUGCCCAUCUAUACUUUGAAUUACAAGUUACUUAAUAUGAUUGUUGGGAUUUUUAUGGAUUAAAAUGUGUUUUAGAUAAAACUAGAAAUAGUUGUUUAGCAAGGCCAAAAUAUUGUUAUGGAUUAGGAGUUGAAGCUUGUACUUGGGAUAGAGUGCUAGAAAAUGAUUAGAAUUGUUAUUGGAAUGCAGAAUUGAAUUUAUGUAGAGAUUAUUCAUGUUCCAGCAUCACUCUAUAAUUAUAUUCUCAUGAAUCAUGUUAAUAAGCUAUGUAAUAAUGUACUGUUAAUUAUAAUGGAUGUACAGAUCUAUUAAAUUGUUCUUAGUAUGUAAGUGAAUAUCAGUGUGUUUUGUCUAAAGAUUAUAAUAAAUGUAUUUGGUUUAAUUAAUAGUGUAUUGAUAUACCUUGUAAUUAAGAUAUUGAAUCUGAAGAUUUUAAUUAAUGUUAGAGUAUUUCUAAGAAUUGUGUUCCAACAACUUUAAAAUGUACUCUCAAAAAAUCAAAAUGUGAAGAUUUUAAAUCGAAGAAAUUUUGUGAGUAAUCAACUAUUGAUUGGAAAAUGAUGUGUAGAUGGAAUGGUUGGAAUUGUGAAAGAGUGUAUAAUAAUUCAACAUCUGAUUUUGAUUGUUAUUCAGUUAAGGCUGAUGGAUUAACUUAUGGAUAUUGCUAAUUCAUAAAUUAUAAUUGUUCAGUAAAUAUAUAAGGUAAUUCAUGCAUUAAAGCUGAUUAUUGUAUUUAAUAUAAAGAAGAUCAAUGUCUUUGGGGUAUAGAUGGAGAAUGUAUUUGGAAUAAGAAUUAUUGUUAACAAAGAACUUCAGACUGUGAAUAUGCUAAACCACCUUAUACUGCUGAUACAUGUAGAACUCAUAAUUAUAUUUGUACUGUAAAGAUUGAUGGAACUGGAUGUGUUCAAAUAGUUGAUACUUGUUAAAUCACACCUCUUGAAAAUUGUAUAAGGUCAUGGAAUGCUUAUUGUUAUAAAAAAUAAUUUGAAGACAUCUGUGUAUCUGCAUGGGAAUAUCCAUUAUCAAAUAGCGACUGUUCUUAAGUAAAAGGAAAAGGAUUGACUUAUGAUUACUGUUAUGCUAUAAGUUAUGGUUAAUGCUCAGUUAAUGCUUCUGGAACAUCUUGUGUAACAAUGAAACAUUAAUGUUCAGAGUAUACUCGAGAGGAGUGUUAAACAAUUUAUUAUGUCAAUUGCAUUUUUAUUGAGUCAUAAUAAUAAUGUGUUGAAUUUUAUAUUUGGAAUAAUUCUUGUACAGAUAUAAAAUUAUACUAGCUUGAAAGCUAUUCAGAUUAGUUAUGUAAAGAAUUUGAUUUAUCUUGUAAUGCAUAUGAAGAUGGAUCUGGAUGCUAUUCAAAUUAAAUGCCUAGAGUUGAUUGUGAAAAGGCAAUCUAACCAUAUACAUAUUAUAACUGUUUUAUUUAUUCUAGUUUAUGUUCUGUUAAUGCUGCAAAAACAAAAUGCAUUCUUGCAAAAAAUACAUGUGCUGAAUAUUAAUUGGAUGAUUGCAAUCAUGCAAUAGAAGAAGGUGAAUGUAUGAUAUUUUAAUAAUCUUGUAUUUAAAAGGGGUGUAAUUUUGAUUAUGAUAAUAUUAAAACAUAAGAGGAUUGCUUAAAAAUUUCAACUAAUUGUAGUUACAGAGAUGAUGGAUGCUAUAAUAAACGAAAGUGUAACCAAUAUAAAGAGAAAAAAUCUUGUAUAAUAAAUACAUAAGGUGAGGAUUGUUUAUGGAAUCCAAGUACUGGAAAAUGUUUAGAUAAAACAUGUUAAAAUGCUGAAGCUUCAGAUUAUUUUGAUAGCCAUGAGGAAUGUAUUAAUAUUGGAAAAUGUACUGUUAAAGCAUCUGUAAAUUAUACAUUAGGUUAAGGAUGUAGACCAUUAGGGCCAUGCAAAUCAUAUGUUAUCAUAGAAUAAUGUGUAAAGAAUUCUGAAAAUUAAGAAUGUAUUUGGAAUACUAAUGUAUCUCCAGCGUAAUGUAAUGAUAAGUCUUGCGAGACAGCUGAAUUAUUCAGAGUAGAUCAUGAAGCAUGUUAAACAUAUUUAAAUGUCUGUACUGUAAGGGUCAUAGAAAUAGAAGGAAUGUUUAUAAGUUAAGGUUGUAUUUAACUUAAAAUUAGUUGUGAUCAAUAUAUACAUUAAAAUUAAUGUAAUAUUGAUGCAUCUGGUAAUAUUUGUGGUUGGAAUGGUGAUUCAUGUGAAAAGCAAAGUUGCAAUACUGCACCAGAAUAUAUAAAUCUACCUUAAUUAUGUUAAUAGUAUUAAGAUGGUUGUACAAUACAUCCAUCUAAUUGUGGAUGUACAAGAAUCCCAGAUAGCUGUGAAGAGAUGACUCAAAAUUAAUGUUAUAAUGGUUCAAUUAAUAGUAAAUAAUAAGAAUGUUAUUGGGAUUAAAAUUAAAUAAAAUGUAUACUUAAAAUAUGUGAAUUAAUACCAAUUUCAUAUUCAGAGUAUGAAUGUUCAAAUUUUCUAGAUUAUUGUACAAUGAGUUCUUAAAGAUGUAGGAAUACAAUUUGUGAAGAUUAUUCUUUAACAACAGAUCAUCAAUGUCGUAAUAUAAUGUCUAUGUGUACUACAAAUGGUGUUUAUUGUGUUAAAAGAGGUUCUUGUUUAUAAGCAUAAUCAGAGGCAGGUUGUGUAACUGAUUCUAAUGGUAGAUAAUGUACAUGGAUACAUAGAUUAAAUAAAUAAUCUUAUUGCAUUAUUAAAAGUUGUGAAACAGCUCCAUUAUAUUUAAAUACUGAAUAAUAAUGUUAAGAGUAUUUCUAACCUACAAUAGGAUCAUGCACAACUACUAAAUUUGGAGGUUGUGUUCUCAAAGGAACAUGUUUUGAUGCUAAUGUAUUGAAUGCAUGUACAACUAGUAACAUUGGAGAGAUUUGUUUAUGGGAUGAAAAUUUAAAUAUGUGUAGAAUUAAAUAAUGUUAAGAUUAUUUUGGUACUACACAUUAAGAAUGUCAAAGUAAAAGAUAAGAAUGUACAGUUGGAUUUAAUUCAAAAUGUGUCAACAUUACAUCUUGUUAAGAAACUAAAUUUAAAGCUGCUUGUAUUGAAGGUACUGAUGGACCUUGUUUAUGGAUAAGUAAAUAUAAAAAUUAAGAUAAUUCUCUUGGUGCUUGUUUUAGAUAUGAUUCAUGUAAAAGUUUAAAAUGGAACUCACAUGCUUAAUGUUAAGAGAUUUCUACAAAAUGCACAACUGAUGGAAAUUAAUGUGUAUCAAUUACAAGUUGUGAAUAAACUAAUUUAAAUGGAGGUUGUGUAAUUGGUAUUGAUAACAAAGGAAUUUAAAAAUGUAUUAUUGUUUCAGAAUCAUAAAAGAAUGUUUGUAGAACAUUCAAUAAAUGUACAGAUAUUCAUUAUUUAACACAUGAAGAAUGUUAAUAGGCUUCUUCGUUAUGUACAUCUGAUUAUUAAAAUGGUUGUAUUUAAUUACAACCAUGUUUUAAAUAUAAAUAGGAAUAAUGUCAUAUCAAUCAUAUGGGAAUAAUUAAAGAUGUUAAAGGAGAAAUAUCAUCAACUGGAAUCUGUAUUUGGGAUUUAAAAACAUCCUAAUGUCGAGAUGAAGAAUGCUCUGAUAUCAUAUCUACAACUCAUUUAGAAUGUUAAUCAAGACUAUCUUAUUGUACAACAAAUGGCUAUAAAUGUAUUCUCAAAGAAUCAUGUUCAUCUUAUUUUUCAUAGGAAAUUUGUGAAAAUGCAGAAGGAAUUGAAGGUAAGUGUUUUUGGGAAAUUAGAUUAGACAAAUCAUUUGAAUUAUGUAGAAAAAUGACUUGUUAAGAUAUACCUAAUGGACAUAUAUAUUCAUCAUGUAGAUAAAUAGAAAAUUGUAUUUCAAAUGGUAUAUAAUGUAUAAAUAAGGCUAAAUGUUCAGAUUAUAAUAUUAAUUAAACUUGUUAUUAUGAAGGAUUAGAUGGAAUUUGUGUAUGGAUUGAGAAUGAAUCAUAAAAUAAUAAAUUAAAAUAAUGUAAAUUGAUGGAGAGUUGUGAAUCUGCUAAAAAUGAUAUAAAUGCAUGUAAAUUAGUUAAAGAUAAAUGUUAUUGGAAUUCAGAUAAAUUCUUAUGUUAAACUCAUACAUGUUAAACUUAUUCUACUUAAGUAGGAAGUUGUAAGAACUUUAAUACAUGGGAUAAUAAACAAAUUCAUUUAUGUCACUAUCAUGAAUAAUAAUGUGUUACAAUUAAUAUUAACACUCUUAAAUAAGUAGAUUGUUAUAUAAAGACAGCUAAGCUUCAUCGAUGGGAUCCAAAUAAAAGUUCAUGUGCUUCAUGUGAAAAAUCUGUUAGAUUAAUAACUGAAUUUAGUGAUAUUCUUGGAAUAUUAAUAAUAUUAUUGUUUUUGAGCUAUUGA